AACAAUGGCGCUCCUCUCUCUGUCCAACGUUCGAAUCGAAAAACCCAGCCUUUCUUUCCUUAAACCUCUCCGUCUCUGUGUCUUAUCCAUUCCCUCCCAAAAGAAAUGUCCCUCCUCCUCUCUCAUACUCUCCUCCCUUCGACUCCUCCUCUCUCCCGCCACCGAAACGCUGUCGUUUACGCUGCUGUAUCCUCCCCGAAGCGAAAGCCAUCACCCAGAAGGAAAAAGCGCCAAUCCGAACAAAGGAAAGACAACGACAAUGUCACUCUCUCUUCCUCGAACGCUGCCGUUUCGGCCCUCGAGAAAUCGCUCCGUCUCACCUUCAUGGAAGAGCUUAUGCAGAAAGCCAGGUCCCGAGACGUCGCCGGCGUCUCCGAUGUCAUUUAUGACAUGAUUGCCGCCGGCCUCACUCCCGGCCCCAGGUCGUUCCAUGGGCUUGUCGUUGCUCACGUACUAAAUGGUGAUGUUGAAGGCGCGAUGCAAGCAUUGAGGAGGGAAUUGGGUGUGGGUGUUCGUCCUCUCCAUGAAACGCUUGUUUCAAUGAUUCGUCUAUUUGGGUCUAAAGGCCUUGCAACCAAAGGCUUGGAAGUCCUUGCAGCAAUGGAAAAGUUAAACUACGAUAUUCGUCAAGCUUGGAUUAUUCUUGUUGAGGAGCUUGUUAGGAACAAAUAUAUGGAAGAUGCCAACAAUGUGUUUUUGAAGGGUGCCAAAGGUGGGCUGAGAGCUACAAAUGAGCUGUACGAUCUAAUGAUUGAGGAGGAUUGUAAAGUCGGGGAUCAUUCUAAUGCAUUAGAAAUUGCCUAUGAAAUGGAGGCUGCUGGACGGAUGGCAACAACUUUUCAUUUCAAUUGCCUUCUUAGUGUGCAAGCCACUUGUGGGAUACCUGAAAUAGCUUUUGCAACAUUUGAGAACAUGGAAUAUGGAGAAGAAUAUAUGAAACCUGACACAGAGACAUAUAAUUGGGUGAUUCAAGCAUAUACUAGAGCUGAAUCUUAUGACAGGGUGCAAGAUGUGGCUGAGUUACUUGGGAUGAUGGUUGAAGACCACAAGCGUGUGCAGCCUAAUGUAAAAACCUAUGCGCUGUUAGUGGAGUGCUUUACCAAGUACUGUGUUGUAAAGGAAGCUAUUCGGCACUUUCGUGCACUAAAGAAGUUUGAAGGGGGGACAAGAGUGUUGCACAAUGAAGGAAACUUUGAUGAUCCACUUUCUUUGUAUCUUCGAGCAUUAUGUCGAGAAGGAAGAAUUGUUGAAUUGCUCGAAGCUUUGCAAGCUAUGGCCAAAGAUAACCAAACUAUUCCUCCAAGAGCUAUGAUUCUAAGCAGAAAGUACCGUACACUAGUUAGCUCAUGGAUUGAACCUCUACAAGAAGAAGCUGAACUUGGAUAUGAGAUUGAUUACAUUGCUAGGUACAUUGAAGAGGGUGGGCUUACCGGUGAGCGCAAGCGAUGGGUGCCUCGGAGAGGAAAAACUCCUCUAGAUCCUGAUGCUGCUGGAUUUAUAUAUUCAAACCCUAUGGAAACCUCCUUCAAGCAAAGAUGUCUUGAGGACUGGAAGUUGCACCACCGGAAGCUUUUGAAAACCUUGCAGAAUGAAGGACUUGCAGCCCUUGGUGGUGCAUCUGAAUCUGAUUAUGUGAGAGUCGUGGAGAGGUUAAAGAAAAUGAUAAAAGGUCCUGACCAGAAUGUUUUAAAACCCAAGGCUGCUAGUAAGAUGAUAGUAUCUGAGCUAAAAGAAGAGCUUGAGGCACAAGGUCUACCAAUUGACGGAACAAGAAAUGUUCUUUACCAGCGUGUGCAAAAAGCAAGGAGAAUAAACCGGUCACGUGGUCGGCCUCUUUGGGUUCCUCCUGUGGAGGAGGAAGAGGAAGAGGUUGAUGAGGAGGUAGAUGAGCUAAUUUCACGGAUCAAGUUGGAAGAAGGAAAUACAGAGUUCUGGAAACGCCGCUUUCUUGGAGAAGGCUUGAAUGUUGAUCAUGUGAAGCCUAUCGAUGAGGGUGAAUCAGAACCUGCAGAUGAUGAGCUGGAUGAUGGCGAUGUUGUAGAAGACGCUGCAAAGGAUAUUGAAGAUGAUGAAGCUGAUGAAGAGGAGGAAGUAGAACAAACUGAAAGCCAAGAAGGAGACAGGAUUAAGGAUAAGGAAGUUGAAGCUAAGAAGCCUCUUCAAAUGAUUGGGGUUCAAUUGUUGAAAGACUCUGACCAAAGAACCACUAGAUCCAAAAAAUCAAGAAGAAGGUCUUCUCGAGUUUCAGUAGAGGAUGAUGAUGACGACGAUUGGUUUCCUGAGGAUAUUUUUGAAGCAUUUCAGGAGCUGAGAGAUAGGAAGGUGUUUGACGUAGAAGACAUGUACACAAUAGCCGAUGCUUGGGGUUGGACGUGGGAGAAAGAACUGAAAAAUAAACCUCCUCGAAAAUGGUCACAAGAAUGGGAAGUUGAGUUGGCUAUUCAAGUAAUGCAGAAGGUUAUAGAAUUGGGUGGAACACCCACUGUGGGGGAUUGUGCUAUGAUACUCCGUGCAGCUAUAAAGGCUCCUAUGCCUUCAGCCUUCUUGAAGAUCUUGCAGACGGCACACAGUCUUGGUUUCGUCUUUGGGAGUCCCCUCUAUGAUGAAGUAAUCUCAUUAUGCGUUGACCUUGGAGAACUAGAUGCAGCCAUUGCGAUUGUUGCAGACCUGGAGACUACUGGAAUCACAGUCCCUGACCAAACCCUUGACAGGGUUAUUUCUGCCAGACAGACAGUUGACACUGCUGGUGAUGAUGCAUUAUCAUCAUUAUAGCAGCAGGUGUAUAAUCCAAUUUUCAUGUUGUAUAGUUCUAACUAGCAUCAUAAACAAGCAUUCCUUAUAUGGAUUUGCAGCCAGCUAGCAUUUCCAUUGCUGCAAAAUUCAGAGCAUAAUGUAACUGUAAAUUAUUUCAAUAUUUUGUUCAUAACUGUAUUCUUCCCACUAA